UGUGCUAACACAGUUUAACAGAUAUCGUUGCAUAAAACUGAUCUACAUGUUCUUUGCAAGUAUUGAAAGGAGCGUUAUUUUCUAUCUUUUCGUACAAAAAUUGUUACUUUUUUGCUUUCAAAAAGCUGUUACCAACCAAAAGCGUUGUUGUUUCAAGUUGUUGUUGUUUUUGAGUGUAGUGAGGUACCGUCAGAAAAUGCAUAUUCGUGCUUGAGUUUAGAGCUCGUCCGUGUUAUCUGACGCGGUUUGUGGUUCAUUUAUGAUUUCCGGAAUUUCAGCAUUACUACAGAUCCGUAUAUGGGGGAAACAUGAAUUUGCGAUAGUUGUAGAUCAGUUUCGAUAAUUUUGGUGCAACUCUGCAAGUUCAAGUUCACUUGUGCAGUGUUCGUUAUUAAUGUGAAAAAAGCUGCUGGCCAUUUCUGGGCGUGAUCAAAUAUGGAGGUGCAAUCCAAUGAUGGGAAAGUUGUCACUGAAAAGUAUAACGUAUUUGUUUUCGACCAGCCGGACAAGUACAUUCAGAUUGCUCGGGCUAAACUCAAUUCAUCCAAUAAGGCCGAGAGUCCUGUUGCCAAAAAGGCGCCCAAACGACGUUCAGUUUUCCAUUGGCUUCAGAACCAAUGGAGUGUACCCAGGGAUCCAAUUUGCACCAAAGAAAGCAUUCUCACCACAGACACGCUGGAAGCACUACAUUUUUUCUUGCCUCUUCGAUUUCAAAUUGGUCAGUCCAGUCAAGUAUUCAAUUCACUGGACGACGGCGUCAGCAUCCAGAACUUCCUCCACAAGAUGGGGCCAUACUGCGCCUCGUUAAUCGCCGUAAAAACUUCCCGCAACGAAGUGUUCGGAGCGUUUUGCAGUACAAGCUGGAAAGAUCGCCAUGAAAGUAAAAAAGAUCUGAAAUUUUUCGGCACCGGAGAAACGUUUUUGUUUUGCUGUUCACCGAAAUUCCGCAUAUUCCCCUGGGUCGGAUGGACACGGAACGAGCUGGUCGAUGCGCCGGUGGAGCUGUCCAGCUCACUAUUUUUGGCUGCCAAUUCCAGUACCAUAGUUAUCGGUGGCGGCGGGGAUUCCGGUAUCAGAUUUUUGUCGGAUCUGUCGCGAGGUUACACCGGGCCAUGCUCAACAUUCAACAGCCCUCCAUUGUGCGAUUCUCGUGAUUUUCUCGUGGCUGUGAUCGAAGCUUAUGGGCUGAAUUACUAGAAGCCGUGAACGCUAUUGUAUUGUGCGAACGAACAAUAACGCGAUCUCGAUGCUAUGCAGGAAGCUUUAAUUAUUAUGAUAAUCAGAAAAGAAUCAAGAUGAGACCGCCUGGGAAAAAAUAUACAAAUAAUAAAUAAGCUUUUAGAAAAUUUCGAUUUUUACAAUAUGAAUGCCAAAAAAACGGGUAUAGAGAGUUAAGUCAU